AUGAACCAGCUUUUUGUGCAGACAGAGAAGAUAGUCGACCCUCGGGAGGGAAAGCUCCAGGUGGUGUCGAAUGUGGAUGUGUGCACCAAGAUAGCAGAGUUCUUGGAAAGUACCCUGGGGCCUUAUGGAAUGGACAAGCUAUUUGCAGGAAAGGAGAUUGUUGUAACGAACGACGGGGCAACGAUACUUAAGCACAUGAAUAUAAGACAUCCUGUGGGAAGGCUCUUGGUGGCCCUGUCUGAGUCGCAGGACAGCGAGGUUGGAGAUGGAACAACUAGCGUUGUGAUCCUAACCACCGAGAUACUAAGCUGCUUGAAGCCGCUGAUCAAGGACAACUUCGACCUUGGAUGCAUCAAGGGAUGCCUUGAGGAGCUUCGGAUGAUGUGCAUUGAGCAUUUGGAGAAGAUGGGGAUGGAGCUUGACGACGAGGUGCUCUACAAGCUAGCAGGGACAUGCAUUACUUCGAAGAACAUAAGGCACGAGAAGGAGUAUUUUUCACGGAUGAUAGUGGAUGCAGUGAAACAAGCAAAGAUAGACGAUGCAGAGUCGAUUGGGGUGAAGAAGGUGCAGGGCGGGAGUAUUGGAGACUCGGUUGCUGUGAAUGGAAUUGCAUUUGAGAAGUGCUUUACCUAUGCGGGGUAUGAACAGCAGCCAAAGAGGAUUCUGAAUCCAAGGAUCCUCUGCCUAAAUGUUGAGCUUGAGUGGAAGAGCGAGCGUGACAAUGCGGAGAUAAGGGUUGGGGGAGUUGAGGAGUACCAGAGGGUUGUCGAUGCUGAGUGGGCUAUUAUCAGGAGGAAGCUGGACGAGAUAAUAAGCAGCGGAGCGAAUGUGGUUCUGAGCUCUCUGUCGAUAGGAGAUUAUGCGACUCAGUACUUUGCAAAGCACGGGAUAUUCUGUGCAGGGAGGGUUUCGAAGGAGGAUCUUGGACGGGUUGUAGGGUCUUGUGGAGGGAGUAUCCUUGGGGCAACGGAUUACCUGGAGGGCAGCCUGGGGGCAUGCGCACUUUUUGAAGAGAGACAGCUGGGAAAGUUCAGAUACAACUACUUUGAGGGAGGAGGGACGAGUGCAUGCACCAUGAUACUCCGAGGGCCUGGACAGGAGGUUCUCGAGGAGAUUGGACGGUCUGUUCACGAUGCAGUGUGUGUUGUCAGGACAGCACUGAGAACAAGAAAGGUUGUUACUGGGGGAGGAUCCGUUGAAAUGGAGCUGUCCAGGAUUAUCAGGGAGAAGUCUAUGAAGUAUGAUGAUAAGAGGAUGUUUGUUGCAAAGGCUGUAGGGCAAGCAUUUGAGAAGAUUCCCCUCCUUCUGGCCAGGAACUUUGGGCUUGACACGAUCAGCACGAUUCAGGACCUCAGAAAAAGACAUGCCAACGGAGACUCGUGCGAAGGAAUCAGCAUUGAUGGGGCCCGGGACAUGCAGAAGCUCGGGAUAUACGAGCCUCUUGAAGUCAAGAAGAAUAUGGUCAAGGCGUCUUUCAGCGCGGCAGCCUCGAUUAUCAUGAUUGACUCGACAAUCAUGGCCGAAAAGAGUCAAUAA